AUGACCAACCCCUCCGUCGCCGCACAAUCCCUCACGCCGGACGCCGUGCACGCUGCGUACAGCAUCAUCCAGCCGUACAUCCAUCGCACCCCGCUCCUCACCUGCCAAACCCUCAACAAGAUCGCCUCGACACCGCAGUCGCCUGACGCUCUGGUCGGAACCCCCUUUGAAGGCCAACCCCCCGCCCAGCCCACGAUCAACUUCUUCUUCAAAUGCGAAAACUACCAGCGCAUUGGAGCAUUCAAGGCCCGCGGGGCCUUUCAUGCGUUGCUCCGACUGAUCGAGGAGCGCGGCGAGGACGCAGUAAGAGAGAAGGGAGUGACCACACAUAGUUCCGGAAACCACGCCCAGGCUCUCGCCCUCGCCGCAUCAACCCUCAACAUCCCCGCUUACAUCGUCAUGCCUCGCAUCAGCACUCCCUCGAAAAUUGCGGGGACACAGUCCCACGGUGCGGAGGUGAUCCUCAGCGGGUCCACCAGUACCGAGCGCGAAGCUGUCGUGGCAGAGGUGCAGGCGCGCACGGGGGCAAUUCUCGUCCCGCCCUACGAUGACUUCAACAUUAUCUGCGGACAGGGCACAACCGCACUGGAGAUCUACGAGCAGUAUGCGGGCGCGGUGCGCGAGGAGCCCAAGUUGAGCGUGCAUGCGUGCGCGAAGAACGACAUCGAUGCCGUGAUCACCCCGGUUGGUGGUGGCGGGCUGAACGCUGGCGUGACGACCUUCUUCGCGGAUAAAGGGACGAAGGUCUUUGGCGCGGAGCCCAGUUUCGAAGGCGCGGAUGACUGCUGCCGCGGGCUGCAGGCAGGGAAGCGGGUCGACGCCGUGAAGACGUUGACUAUUGCCGAUGGGUUGCGGACCCCCGUGGGCUUGUUGAAUUGGGAGGUGAUUUCGGAUCGGACGAAGCAUGCCGGUGUAUUCGCUGUGACGGAGGAGCAGAUCAAGGCGGCCAUGCGGCUGGUGCUGGAGCGCAUGAAGGUCUUUGUGGAGCCGAGUGCCGUCGUUGGCCUGGCGGCUUGCUUGUAUAACGAGGACUUCCGAAGGCUUGUUGAGAAGGAGGCUCCACAGGGGUGGGAUGUCGGUGUUGUCUUUAGCGGUGGUAAUACUACUGUGGAGGCAAUUGGGAAGCUGUUUGGCUGA